UAACUCUGAGCCGGUCCCAUUCUCGCCUAAGGUUUUCAAUCGCGAGCAGUGGAAAAAGACCGAAACGAUUCCCCGGUCUCGAGAUGACUCGGAAGACGUCAACGUCGGACUUUUUGAAACAACUCGUUGGCAGACCGGUUGUGGUCAAGUUGAACAGCGGGCUGGAUUACCGAGGAGUUCUGUCGUGCUUAGACGGAUACAUGAACAUUGCUUUGGAACAAACCGAGGAGUACGUGAACGGCCAAUUGAAGAACAAAUAUGGAGAUGCUUUCAUCCGAGGGAACAACGUUCUCUACAUCAGCACUGUGAAACGCCGCGUCUGAAGCGCUAUUCGGAACUCUGUACAGAAAAUAAACCCUGAUACCGUAUGAAUUGUUCCCGCACAGUAAACGUUUGACUACCUGUUUU